AUGGCGGGCACGUCGAGAGUGCGUGGUGUUGUGGUAUCCGCGAUUCUCUUAUUCGGGUGUUUGUUUGCGAUUUCGAUUGCGAAAGAGGAGGCAACAAAGUUAGGAACAGUAAUUGGAAUAGAUCUUGGAACUACUUAUUCGUGUGUUGGUGUUUACAAGAACGGUCAUGUCGAAAUCAUAGCAAAUGACCAAGGAAACCGUAUUACCCCGUCGUGGGUGGCCUUUACCGACAGUGAGAGGUUGAUCGGUGAGGCUGCGAAGAAUCAGGCGGCUGUUAAUCACGAGAGGACUGUCUUUGAUGUCAAAAGACUUAUCGGAAGAAAGUUUGAGGAUAAGGAAGUCCAGAGGGACAUGAAACUUGUCCCAUACAAGAUUGUGAACAAGGAUGGGAAGCCUUAUAUUCAGGUGAAGAUGAAGGAUGGGGAGACUAAGGUUUUCUCUCCUGAAGAGAUCAGUGCUAUGAUUUUGACUAAGAUGAAGGAAACGGCUGAGGCAUUCCUUGGAAAGAAAAUCAAGGAUGCUGUUGUCACUGUUCCUGCAUACUUCAAUGAUGCCCAAAGGCAAGCCACCAAGGAUGCUGGUGUCAUUGCUGGACUCAAUGUGGCUAGAAUUAUUAAUGAGCCAACUGCUGCUGCUAUUGCUUAUGGUUUGGAUAAGAAGGGUGGUGAAAAGAACAUUCUUGUCUUUGAUCUUGGUGGUGGUACAUUUGAUGUCAGUAUCUUGACCAUUGACAAUGGUGUCUUUGAGGUUCUUUCAACCAAUGGUGACACACACUUGGGAGGUGAGGAUUUUGACCAGAGGAUUAUGGAGUACUUCAUUAAGUUGAUCAAGAAAAAGCACGGAAAGGAUAUCAGCAAGGACAACAGGGCUCUUGGAAAGCUCAGGAAAGAAUCUGAGCGUGCCAAGAGAGCUCUUAGUAGCCAGCACCAGGUCCGUGUGGAGAUUGAAUCACUUUAUGAUGGCAUGGAUUUCUCUGAGCCACUCACCAGAGCCCGUUUUGAAGAGUUGAACAAUGAUUUGUUCAGAAAGACAAUGGGACCUGUGAAGAAGGCUAUGGAAGAUGCUGGUUUGGAGAAGAACCAGAUUGAUGAGAUUGUUCUCGUUGGUGGAAGUACCAGAAUUCCAAAGGUCCAACAGCUUCUUAAGGAUUACUUUGACGGAAAAGAGCCUAACAAGGGUGUGAACCCUGAUGAGGCUGUUGCUUUUGGUGCUGCUGUUCAAGGAGGUAUCUUGAGUGGAGAGGGUGGUGAUGAAACCAAAGAUAUUCUUCUCUUGGAUGUGGCUCCCCUCACCCUGGGUAUCGAAACUGUUGGUGGAGUGAUGACCAAGUUGAUUCCAAGGAACACUGUUAUCCCAACCAAGAAAUCUCAAGUUUUCACCACUUACCAGGAUCAGCAGACUACUGUCUCCAUUCAGGUCUUUGAAGGUGAAAGGAGUCUCACAAAGGAUUGCAGGCUGCUUGGCAAAUUCGAUUUGACUGGCAUUGCUCCAGCCCCAAGGGGAACCCCUCAAAUUGAGGUCACGUUUGAGGUCGAUGCCAAUGGUAUCCUGAAUGUCAGGGCUGAAGACAAGGGCACUGGUAAAUCAGAGAAGAUCACCAUCACUAAUGACAAGGGUCGUCUGAGCCAGGAGGAAAUCGAGCGUAUGGUUCGUGAAGCAGAGGAGUUUGCUGAGGAGGACAAGAAGGUGAAGGAGAAGAUUGAUGCUCGUAACAGUUUGGAGACCUAUAUCUAUAACAUGAAAAACCAGAUUAACGACAAAGAUAAGCUUGCUGACAAGCUUGAGUCUGACGAGAAGGAGAAAAUUGAAACUGCUACAAAGGAGGCCCUCGAAUGGCUGGAUGACAACCAGAGUGCUGAGAAAGAGGACUACGAUGAGAAGCUCAAAGAGGUUGAAGCCGUUUGCAACCCAAUCAUCACUGCCGUAUACCAGAGAUCUGGUGGAGCCCCAGGUGCUGAAUCAGCCGAAGAUUCUGAAGAUGACUCACACGAUGAGCUCUGA